CCACAUAUAACCAUUGGAUUUUGCGAUCAGACCUCACUAGACUCUUGCGAAGCUAUCGAUCUAGGUAUUCAAGUUCUUCGUACCGCUCGUAAUGGGUGGCUUAAAUUUAGAAGUUUUCAAGUUCGGCAUGUAUGUCAUGUUCCCAAUUGGCAUCAUGUAUUACUUCGGAACCAAUCUCGACGAACGAUUCUCCGUGCCCGAUUUCUGGCCUAAGCCAGAGCAAUCGAAUAGGGUGCCUUUUAACAAAGACGAGAUUCAGGAGGAGCUACAACGAUUACGUGCGCGACGUUUAUACCUUAGAGACAAGAGGCUCGAAAAUGAAGCUCGGCAACACCCGGCGCCUUCCCCAGGCGAGGAUCAGGGAAGCGAUAGAGCCUAAAUGCAAACCCUGAAUGGAUCGGUGACGGCAACACAAGGCUCUACGAAGUCUUUAUGUAUGGUAGUGGGGUUAUUAAGAUGUUAUCACGUAUUGGCAUCGACGGCGUUUGGAGGUACAAAAUGGUAUUGUCACAUUAAACAGACAUUGCAAAACGUUUACAUUUCUUGAACCCCGAUCCGAGUACUCUCUGCUCCCCAAAUAGAAAGGAAAAAAGAAAAAGAAAAAGAAAAAGAAAAAAAAAGGUGGAUAACAUAGGACUGUCUCACAAGACACAUGGUAUGAUCACUCAUAUAUGC